CCAUAUACUGCAGGGAAGGUCUCUGAAACCGUGGCGCUCCUUUCAGCCACAGUACGGGGGGAACUGACACAGCUUGAGGAGACACUGUCCCAGAGGACUGAACUGGUGGCUGUGGUCCGGAACACGCGCCGCCAGGCUGAGGCAGUGGCACAGACCUUGGAUGGUGUCCCCUUCUGGAAAGAGGCCCAUGGAGGGGCCAGCAUCCUAGCAGAACAAGUUGGCUAUUUGGAAGACUACAGGUGGUUGGCCUACAUCUUACUGCUGCUAUUGGACCUUAUCAUCUGUCUCUUCACCUUGCUGGGACUGGCAAAGCAGAUCAAGUGGCUGGUAAUCGUAAUGACUGUUAUGAGUUUCCUGGUCCUCAUCCUAAGCUGGGGCUCCAUGGGGCUGGAGACAGCAGCAGCUGUGGGACUGAGUGAUUUUUGCUUUGAGCCAGAUGGUUAUGUGAUGAACACAACCCAAGCCAGGACUGGACUUAGCCCAGAAAUCCUACAGUACUACUUAACCUGCAGCCAAGAUACCUUCAACCCAUUUCAGCAGAGACUCACAGUAUGUCAGAGGGCAUUAUCCAACAUACAUUCUCAGCUAUACGGAUUGGAGAGAGAAGCCAUCCCCCACUUCCCAGCAGCGGAGAAGAACAUUGUAUCCAUCCAGAGUACUUUGAACAUCACAGAAAGUAAUUUCCAUCAUCUUGUAGCUCUCCUCAACUGCCGGGGACUUCACAAGGACUAUGUGGAUGGCCUGAAAGGGCUAUGCUAUGAUGGCAUGGAGGGGUUGCUUUUCCUCCUCCUCUUCUCCUUCCUCUCUGCCCUUUCCUUCACCACAGCUGUCUGUAGUCUGCCCCGGGCCUGGAAGAGGUUCCAGAACAGGGACUCGGACUAUGACGACAUGGAGGAUGAUGACCCUUUCACGCCCCAGGCACGUAGACCGCCGACAGUGCGCGCAGGGGGGGCUGGGCCCAGCCUGCCCAGCUCCUUUGGCCACUGUCCAAGCGGGGGCAGCCGGGGCAGCCUGCGCCUUUCAGCCCCCCCCAUUUCCAACGCCCCCCUCUCACAGUACAUGAGUCAAAGCGCUUCGUACAGUGGCAGUCCUCAAUUUGAGAGCAUCCCCCUCAUUGACCGUCAUUCCCCACCCCCUUCGUAUUCUCCCAGCAUGCGAGCGUCUUAUGUCGGUGCUAGCGAAGAAGUGGACGUCCCUUGACAGACCGGAUUCCUGUCCUAGAUGCAGCCCAGAAGACCCCAACCCAGAUCCAUACCACCCAACUAACACAGAGAGACCCCAACCCAACCACUUACUAGAAUACAACUUAAGUGAGCCUUUUUCACCAGGUGCCCCCUGCUCCUUCACUUGAAUCUCUUCAUUAGCCUACCUUCUCUAAGAAAGGAAAGGAAAGGGGGAGGGAGAAAGAGAAUAUCCCUUAGGCCGGGAGACAUUCAGUGGCAGGGGUGAGGAGUGCAAAUAAGCUAAGGACAGGGGAUCAGAAAAAAGAAUGUAAAUAGAGACAUGACAUGGUUGAGAGACAGAACUAGUGUGAGCCAUGUGAAAGGUAAAUGACAGAAAAUAACUGUAACAGAACAAAAUUCAAAAUAGAAGUAACGAAUGGAAGUUUAAAUUCAAAAAAAUGUGUGCAAGCACCAAUGAAUUUUUAAAAACUGCACAAGUGCAGAAAUGAUAGAUAGACUGAAAGAGUAUAUGGACAAUGGAGACAAAACAGCAAAAGCUAUCCAGCUAGAGACUCAUCUCUGCUCCCUGCUCUGACAGUGGGCAGGCCAGAAAAGUGGAGGACACUACUGGGUCCCACCAAGAGAUUUGAGGGAAUAGGGGAGUCCAUUAGGGGCCCAGAGCUACCCUUGCUCCCUAUCAGCCUCCUUGCUCCUAAUUAGAAUCCCCAACACUAACAAGCAUUUGGAACUUGCCCAGUUUAAAAUAAAAGGGAAACUUUAUUUUACAUGGUGUUCAUCUUUGAUUUUGC